CACUGUUGUUCAAGCUGAGUCAGUGAGAGGCUGAGACAACCAUGGCUGCACGGUUCUGUGGAGUUGUUUUCUUCCUUACAUUGUUCCCCACUGGACUAAAUGCAGCAAGACCAGCUGUAAACCAGGAGCUUUCCACUCUUUUUAACGAGCUGUGGACGCUGGAUGUGAACAGAAUGACACCUGCUGUUGACUACACAAUCUCUACUCAGGGUCGAGCAGGUUUUGUAAACCAGGGAAACCAUGUUGUUCAGGAUCACGCCUCACUGCCUCUGUUCUCCAGCGUUAAUGAAACCAAACUGAACAACAUAAACACUUUCUCCAGGUUCACAAAACUUCUGGACAACUAUGAGCACUCCACUGGCACGGCUGAACGUGUUACAGCUGAGGAGCGGACGGAGAUUAAUCUAUUCCUGGAUGCCGUCUUAGAGACAGAAGUCAUGAAGCGGGCUCAUAGGUACCUGGUGAGCAAAGGAAAGUCCAGCUCCAUCCUGAGGUUGUUUAAGAGUCAGCUGCACCUGAUCUGGUUCCAGCUCUACCGCAGACAAAGAAACGCAGACCUGGACUCCAGUGGAUUCGAGCAUGUCUUUGUCGGAGAGACAAAAUCUGGAACAGAAAUUGUUGGUUUUCACAACUGGGUCCAGUUCUACCUGCAAGAAAAAAACAGCAACUUGGACUACAAGGGAUACAAGGCCAGGGAUCAUGACUUACCCGAUCAAGACGACCACGUCCUGAACCUCCAGUUCAGCUGGCACGGUUUGGUGAAGCCCGUUGGCAGCGCCUUUAUCGGGACUAGCCCUGAGUUCGAAAUGGCCCUCUUCACCGUCGUCUUCCUCAUGAACACAGAGAGGAGCACCACCGUGCUGGUCAACAUCGACCAGUGUCAGAUUGAGCUUGUGGUCAUCAGACAUGGACGCUCCCUUGGGACGGCAUACCCCAAACUGCACAGCAGCAACAGCCGGCAUAUUAGACAGAACUCACACUGAAGGGCAGAACCCUGUGAUGCAAAGUUAUGCUCCCAUAUAUCAAUAUAUCCAUGACUCUGUAGAUGUUUGGUUUAAAAUGCACUAAGGGGGUUUUAAGUAAUUAUUAUUAUGCUUUUUGUAACAUAACAAUGAGUAAGGUCUUUUACCUGCUUUUCGUAAAGUGCCUCGAGAUAGCACUUGUUAUGAGUUGACGCUAUACAAAUAAAAAUUGAUUGAUUGAU